GUCGACAGAUGACGUCAUAGAUCACCCAAUUUAGAAAAAACAAAAAUAUCCUCUUCAAUAAUUCUUCCUCCUUGCUACUGCAACUUUGACACACACAACACACACUGGAAAAUAUUCGUCAGCAACGAAAUGGCGAUCUCGAAAGCCAUCUCCAUCUCAAUCUCAUCCGUCGCGGCCCUUCCGCCGACUUUCGCUUCCGCACCCAGAUUAUGUCCACCGAAUCCAAAUUCUAAUUUUUACUAUUCAGUCAUACCUCCAAUUAAUCUGUCCACCAAAAGGAAUGUGGGGUUGAUGUGUGCCUCUAUUGAUGGAGUGGACUCAUUUGGUUCAAUGUCGCUGAAAUCUCAGGAGGAGAAUGAUUCUAUUCCUAUGCCUAUUGUUCUCAUAGAUCAAGAUUCUGAUCCUGAGGCAACUAUUGUGCAAGUCAGUUUUGGAGAUCGCCUCGGUGCCCUACUUGAUACGAUGAAGGCACUAAAAGACUUGGGUUUGGAUGUCAUGAAGGGAACUGUUACAACAGAGAACUCAGUCAAACAAACAAAAUUUUUUAUCACAAGGGCAUCGGGGCGUAAAGUGGAAGACCCUGAUCUCUUGGAAGGGAUUCGUCUGACAAUUCUCAACAACUUACUAAAGUAUCAUCCAGAGUCCAGCGAACGGCUUGCUCUAGGUGAAGUUUUUGGAAUAACAUCACCAGAAGAAAAGGUUCCUGUCAAUAUCGCAACUCACAUACAGCUUAAGGCCGAUGGACCUCGGAGAAGCUUGCUCUGCAUAGAGACAGCAGAUCGUCCAGGGCUCCUGCUGGAGGUGAUGAAAAUCAUGAACGAUAUCAAUGUAAACGUUGAAUCUGCAGAGAUAGAAACAGAGGGGCUGGUGGCCAAGGACUCGUUUCAUGUCAGUUAUGGAGGGGCUGCAUUGAACAGCUCCUUGUCUCAGGUUCUUGUGAAUUGCUUGCGUUACUACCUGCGGACGCCAGAGACGGAAGAGGAUAGCUAUUAGAGUAACUGCUUUUCGACUGUACAUUAUCUCCAGCUGCAACUCUGUGUGCAAGAAAAUACUCAUCAAGACUGCAUGUAAACCUCUUUUCUCCAAAGAUGAUUAUAUUUGAACUGCUACUGUAAUGGGAGGAAGAGAGUUCAUAAACAAUAUCUGUAACUUUGCAUUGCUAUCAACCUUAUGUGAACCUCUAAUGCAGCAACAAGUCGAAUUCGUCGACACAAAUUAACAGUUAUUCUCUUCUCAA